AUGCUCUCCCUGACUGUUCCUGAAGGCUACGGCGCCGUCAUCGCCGUCGCACUGGGCGCUAUCCCCGUCCUCGGCUUCGUCCACGGCGUCGUGACCACUAGCAUCAGAAAGAAGGCCCAGAUUUCCUACCCUCACACCUACGCGACCGUCGAGCAAUGCAAGGCUGAUCCCAAGGCCGAGCAGUUCAACUGCGCCCAGCGUGCCCACGCAAACUUCCUCGAGAACUCCUCCCAGACUAUGCUCUUCACGUUGGUUGCCGGACUCAAGUACCCGCAGCUGGCCGCUGGGCUGGGCGCCGCGUGGGUGGUCUUGCGCGUCGUGUUCUUGCACGGGUACGUGUACUCGGGUAAGCCGGAGGGUAAGGGCCGGUUACGAGGUGGGUUGUUCUGGCUUGUGCAGGGUGCGCUGUGGGGGUUGACGGUGUUUGGGGUUGCCAGGGAGUUGUUGUAAGGGAUUAUGGGCUGGACGGAAGAGGGCGUUCGGCUGUCGCUCUUGCUAGUUACUACGCGUCUAUGAGGAAGAUUAUUAGCUUGUAUGUUAUAUGUGGUUGAUUUCGUCAUUGAGACAUUGGGUGAAGAUGGCUGCGCCGUAGAGGGGACUGGUAGCUGGAG